AUGCUGGCGCUGCCCCGCGCAGCAGCGGGCUCCGGCAGGCUGGUAGCGGCGGUCGGGACUCAAGAGGGGUCCCCCGGGCUCCCUUCCCCUUCCCUCCCUCCGCGGCGGGCGGCGCUGGAGGAUUUUCUCCCGCCGCGGCCCCCUCGCUGUCCCCCAGACAUGGUAGGUCACCUCCAGCUGCAAGGGAUGGACGAGAGCCUGAAGGAGAAGAGCCGGGAAGGCUUGCUGGACAGUCCGGACUCGGGGCUGCCCCCCAGCCCCAGUCCCCCCUUCUACUCCCUGUCGCCCGGUGAGGGCCGAGCAGGGGGCAGCGGCGGUGCGGACCCCCCGGCCCCGGGCCACCGGCGAGAGGCCAAGGACGGCAAAGUGAUGCCUUAUCUCCUCCUGAACCCGUCCACGCCAGAGAUAAGGCCUCGAAUGUACCCGGUGUUUUUUGGAGAAAGCAUUGAGGUCAACCCUGAGCCCGUGCAGGAAAUCAGGUGCAAUUCCGAGGUGAAGUACGACUCGGAGAAGCACUAUCGGGAUGACAUCUUCUACGGCCCCAUCCCCACCGUCACCACCUACAGCGAGACCAUCAUCGCUGCUCCCAACUGCACCUGGCGGAACUACAAGUCCCAGCUGAUCUUCGAGCCCCGCCAGAAGCCGGUGAGGUUUCAGAGCACGACCAUCAUUUUCCCUAAGCGUGCCAAGAACAUUUACCGGACCACCCUCAACUACAGCUUGGGUUGUGCCAAGCGCUGGUUCGCUUCCAGCGUGCAGCUGGAACUCUGCGAGGAAACCAACCCGUGCGUCGUGUACGGCGAGACCCUCUGAUCCGCCCCGCCGCUGGCAGCCGCGCCACCCCCGGGAGGCCAGCGCCUCCGCCGGGGCUCUGCCUGGGCCUUGCUCGGUGACAGCUGAAUAUUCAUGGCUGGAGAACAGCUCUCGGAGGCUGAACUGGCUGGGAGGAGGCUUGCAGGGCACACAGGAUGGUUUUGAUCAGUGAGAGGCUGGCUUGUAUUUUGCGACGUUCCUGACAUUCAUGAUCUGGAUUUUAUUUUUGGGUUUUUUUGGUUUGGUUUUUUUUUUUUUUCCCCGAGCAUGUCUAUUUUUGGCUUGUGUUUAGAUGAAAUCAAGAUGACAAAGGACCCUGUUACCCGUAGCAGAAUGAUGCCUUAUGAGCUCUGUAGGUCUUGUCUAGCACAUAAGUGAGAGUCACUGUGAGCUUCAGAGCUAUUUUGGUCCCUGCAAAGGGAAGACCAACUGCAGAGUCAGCGUCUGGUCAGCCCAGCACACACCAGAUCUCUUUCAGAGCUGAACUGCAGAGGAGGUGGUUAUUUGUACCAGUGCAUCACAGCUUGCUCCAACAGCUCAUCUGAGUGAGAGCUGCUCUAUUACAGCACUGCAGUCACCCCACUUCCUGAGAGGAGUGGAGACUGUCAUCCCAAGAAAAAGAGGAUUUAAACAGGUCUCCCAGCUCUUGCUAGCAGCUGGAUGUUUGUGUACCAUAGCAAGGCACAGCACAACCAGGAGAUGGGAGAAAGGCCUGCUCUGAUGCACAGACACAUCUUCUGUGAGCCCAGGCAGGAGCACGCAGGGAGACUGAGGAGAACGAACAGCUGAAGGGCUAGUUUCUAAAAGUGACUGAAAGAUUAAGGAGCCCAGUGCCCUUUUAUCAAAAAUAUUGUCAGAUCAAGUGUGCCGUGCUGUUCACUGCCUCUAACACCUAAUUUAAGGGAUCUGUAUGCACUCACAGCCCUUCUGAGUUUCAGGGUGUGGCUGUGUUGCAGAGAGGAGUGUAAAGCAGGAAGAUGCUUCUUUGAAGCCAGGGCAGGGUUAACUCACCCUCUCGACAGUUCCCAUAUUUGUGGCAAGGGCAGCUUUUCCGCCUGUAGAGGAGCAGCCAAACUUCCUCAGUGUAGAGCUUGAAGGAUUGAAGAGCCCAAAUGCAUCCAGGUUUUCCUUAAUCAGCCAGGCUGUAGCACUAAAACCAGGCACUUCACAAACAGCUGAACUGUCUCUGCAAAAAGGAACAAGUGAGAAGGAGUCAGUGCAGCCAUCCUGAGGUAAAACAUUCCCCACUCACGGAUCCCAUCUCCUGGUAUAUCUUCACUUCGGUCUCUUGCUGAAAAUCUGCAAGAGCCUGGAUUCCCACAAACAUAUAACUUUUGAAAAUAGCACGGAAUUGUCUCCAAAAAUCUUACCAAGAAUUUUUGCAUGCUGGUCAGACUUAGAAAUAACCACACAGCUCCGGAAAUUAAUUUCCAGCUUUCUCUCUUCUAAACUUUCCAUUUUGUUCCUGACUUGCUGUGAGUCUGAUGGAGUUAUUUCAGAGCACAGCUGAGCAGCCAAGUCAGAAAGCCUACUAACAAUGUCAACAAGACGUAGCUGAUUGCCCAGAACAGUUGACGCACAAACCCACUGAGAUUAAAAAAAAAAAAAAAAAAAAUCUGAAAAACUUGAAAAAAAUAAUAAAAUUAGUGACAUAUAAAGAUACUUUUUCCAUCAGUUUCAAAGAGCAGUUGGUAAAUGUGACCAGAACUGUGACCUUUAUGAAACAGAGUUCUCUUGUUUAAAAUGUAGCACGGUUUUUUCCACCAGAGGUAAAUAUAAAGUCUUUAAAUCCCAACUUCAA